CAGCUUAGGCAGGGAGCGGACAGUGCUCGAGGAGACGACACCUCUAAGCUCAAGAGUCUCGUCCCUGACUGGAUCAAUCGGGAACUCAAGCCAAAUCCCCCAAUUGACCGUGAGGAUAAAUACUGUCGUGGAUUCGUCAACGAUGCAUGCGGCCAACUGCUCUGCCCGACCGAACUAGACUGGAACAAUCCAACUGUCAGAGCAGGAAUCAGGGAUCGCCUAGAAGGUUACAUCGUGACAGAAAUGUCCUGGCCAGCAUUUCUUUACCAAGGGUACACUGCUGAUGCGAACAACCUGGAGGAGGGUCUCUUCAAAAGCAGACUUUUGGUUCAGGUUCGUCGUAUCUAUGUAUCUCAACAAAGCUCAUUUUUGGUUGGCAGGCGUUUAAAGCCAUAUUCACCUCUUCCCCUCAAAGCAACAGUUAUUACAGUACAACUACUAGUAAGCAUUUAA